CAUCGGGAUGAAGUGCGUGGCCGAAAGCGCAUCCCGAGGCGCAGAAUCUCGGACUCAAGGUCAAAGAAGAGCACUUGAUAUCAGCCAGCAUCUAGCUCGCAUCUAGGCAUCAACGUUGAUGUGAGCUUACUGACAAGUCCCAUAAAUGUUUACCUCUUAUGGGAGCUAGCAUAAUAGUGUCAUGCCAGGCCAUCUACAUCGAUCCUGAAGAUGCCAAUUGCCGCCCUUCCACAGUCGACGGCGCGGGCAAUUGGCUCAACAAGUGUCUUGUCUGAUACGUGCUCCGUCGUCAAAGAGCUGCUAGACAACUCCCUAGAUGCAGGUGCCUCAUCUGUAUCCAUCGAGGUCUCACAAAAUACAGUUGAUCUCAUCCAGGUCAAAGAUAACGGGCAUGGUAUCCCCCCAGAGGACCACGGUUUCGUGUGCAAGCGCAGUUUCACAAGUAAAAUUCAGACAUUAGACGACUUGAGAAAUGUUGGAGGGACUUCCCUUGGCUUUAGAGGCGAAGCGCUGGCCAGUGCUUGCGAGAUGUCUGGAGGUGUUAGUGUGACUACGAGAGUUGAGUCGCAGGUAGUGGGAGCAACCCUGAAGUAUUCAAGGACAGGAGAUCUCGCAAGUUCUCAGCGUGCUUCUCAUCCGGUUGGAACUACUGUCCGUUUGACAGACUUCUUGAAACAUAUUCCAGUUCGCAGACAGACAGCAUUGAAGAGCGCGUCGAAAACGAUUACCAGGAUCAAGAAGCUCCUCCAAGCGUAUGCAAUUGCUCAGCCUUCUAAACGAAUUUCAUUCAGGGUUAUAGAUAGUAAGAAUGAAAACAACAAUUGGACCUACGCUCCGAAACCAAAUACCACACUUCGAGAAGCUGCUCUACUGGUGGCCGGCCUCGAAACAGCUAGCCACUGUGCGGUAAUUACAUGGCCAUCUCAGGAAUCCAAAGAACAUGAAAUGGAGCAGGAACUGGAGCAGAAUCAUACAGUGGCCAAUUAUGAGUUAACCGCGUUUCUUCCUAAAGCUGAUUCAGAUUUCACCAAAGUUAGUGGCGGAGGCCAGUACGUUUCUGUUGAUGGGAGACCAGUCUCUGCUUCAAGGGGCACGUCUCGCGAUAUUAUAAAACUUUUCAGGACCUAUAUCCAUUCGGCUGCAAAAAUCAGGGGGAAUAAUGCGUCGCUUUCGGAUCCGUUUUUGUGUCUGCACAUUCGUUGCCCUAAAGGAAGCUACGACGCAAACAUUGAACCAGCCAAGGAUGAUGUUUUGUUCACUGACUCCCCCGCCCUUAUAUCGCUGUCAGAGAGUCUUUUCAAGAGUGUAUAUGGCGAAGUCGACCACGGCGGCAAGUUAGAUGCGCCGGCGUCAAAGACCAGCAAGACUUCUCAAAAUGACAGUUGUAUCAGAGCACCAGCAGAGGCAGAAAGUGCAGAGAGUUAUCACAGCCAGGAUAUACCUGCUGCUUCUCAGACUUCGUUUGUACCUGGAGGUAUGCGGCAGUCAUCUAUCUGUCAGACUCUGGAGAAUGAGAAACGAAGCACAUCGCGCAAUGAGACGCCAAUGAGAUCCGGGAACAUUGAUAUUAGGAACCCCUGGGCUAUCGCAAGGCUGAAUACCUCUACUCGUUCUACAGCCAGUGUUCGACCUCAUUUUUCCCAAUUGUUAACUCCUAGCCGCACCAAAAACACUCCUGAGAGCCUGGAACUCGAGAGCAUGAAUAACCGCCAUUCCGGCAGUCCUCCCCUGCCAAGUCCGUCCAACUCUGAUUCUUCUUUGCCGUCUUCCGGGUCACGUCGAUCUUCGCUGUUUGUACAGCGUCCUCAACGUAGCCCAGCCUGCGCAGCUUACACGAGAUCCGAUAGAGACAUUGCUAAGGAACGCUAUGGGAACGGUGCCCUGGACACGUGGUUCCAGAAAGUUACCCAGUCAUCUUUUAAGAAUUUGUCUACCGACUCUACGUCCCAGGAAAUCCAAGAUGAGGUAACCAGAGAUCGGGCAGCCGAGCGGUUUGGAAAGAGAACGCAUCCGCCGCAGGCCAGUCCGCUGAGAGACUUCACCGACGAUGCGGGGAAUAAACAUACCCAGACUUCCAUUGAUAUUGAUGUUCCUCGGAUCUCUGGAAGAGAACAUUCUCUUGUGGAGGAUGUAGAAGAUACUGGGCAGUCCGAAGACAUCAUCCACAGACGUCAGGAGUUCCCUGUACUUGAGCAGUGGUCAUCCAGACUACAUCAGUCUUCCGCUUCGGAAUACACGUCUGAGACGGAGAUGGCGUUGGAUUUUGAGCGAAGAAAGAGAGCGGCUAUCCAGUCCCGACGGCUGCAAACAAAGGCCUUUCUUGGAUCAGCGGCUCCCAGAGAGGACGAACCUCCUUCCAGCUCUCCUCACCACAACAGGUAUCUUGCUGCGCGUGCUGCCUUAGCAGCUCCAGUCGCAGAAUCUCAUGCAGAGAUGCCACCAAGUACUUCUACGACGGGAACUCCCAACCCUGCUCCAUUAAACCCUAACGACCCCAGAGCAUACUUUAUCCGCCAUCGAGACACGGUCGGACAAAUAGGGACUUCCAGCACCGGGCCAAAGAUUCGACGUGUGCACACUAGCAAACUGCCUCUGGAGAGGAUACCUGAAGGUUCGGACCUUCAUGAUAUAGGCUUGAAAUUGGCCAUAAAUGUGAAUCAUCUGUCUUCUUCAUUUGUAGACAUAUGCCGGGUUGAUUCUUAUUCUCAGUCUGGGUCGUCCUCUGAAGCAUUUUCGGCAACUCCUUCAAAGCAGCUACAGCAGCUCUGGAACGCUCGAUUAUCUGGUUUAAUCAAGAAGAAAUAUAGGACCGUCAAAACGGACGAGGAACCUCAUAUACCAUUUGAGUUAUCGACGAUAAAGUCGCAAGGAUGUGAAAGCAGAGACUGAAUCUCGAGUUUCUCUUAUAUUCCCUAUCUGAAAACCUCUGCUAUUCUCAGCUUGAGUCAGAUUUUCAAGAUUUGCAAUUCAUCAUGUGUGUUCAUCAUAUACAAUAUACCAACAGUAGCUACUGUUGGAGAGUCACGGUUCUUAUACGAUAUUUUCGUAUUGCUAUUGUCUUAUGUGGAUUCUUAGCAUCUUUUAUACCCAGGGGGCAUACCCAGUGUCAUACUAUAUCCAUUGAGAUCUUCAUGUAUUAAUCCCUUGAUACAGAAUAGAACGUG